AUGUCUGGGAACGGGGCAUCCCACGCCGAUGAGCUGCUUGGUGUUGAGCUAGACCAAUUCACAGGCGUCCCUGCCGGCAUACCGAUUCCGCUGUUGGUACCUAAACUGCUGGGUCCAUCCUCUGUUACCGAUCGUGCGCCUCCUGUGAAAUGCGUUGAGGAAAACGUCGAUGUAUUUGUGAUUGCCCAUGGCCAUCUGUCUGUGUUACCUGAGGAGCUCGCUUCUGUGUUGGGACUGGUCCAGUUUGUGCUUCUUCCUGUGGAGAGUGGUGCAGCCGAGCGUGGCUCGACGUCAUCGUCAGCUCCUUCCCUUCCGCUUCGCGAGGCCCACCCAUCGGAACCGCCUCUGUCUCUUCUUGAGUCAUUCCACACUGCGGAUCCAGAACGCGUUUCUGUCGGAGUCGCUCCCGCUGGGCGAGUGGUCCAGCUUUCUCCCUGUGAGUUACCUAUGCUGGAUACUGGCGCAUCAUCUGCUAUCCAGCCCCGUGAGAUGGCAGGCCCAUGGGUUCCACUCGAGAUAGUGACACUCCGCGAACCUCCGGAAAAGGUGCCGAAGGGCUGUGACUGCAUGCUGCUGCUGGUCAUCGAUUCCGUCCCAGAACUGCUAGUCCAUCUUGCCUCAUUACCUGAUGGUGAUGUGGCGCUCGUCCAAGGAGCACCCGUCCUAGCACCCUCAGACAGUAAAGUUGAGGAACUCCAUGUGCCGACUCCGCGAACGAUCUCACUGUCGUUUCUGAAGGUUUCGGACGGGACGACGCGCGUCAUGCUAGAAGAUUCUAAACUGCUUGGAUUAGCCGGGGAACUCGACAUGUUCCAGCCACCUCUAGAAUCAAGGCCUCCGGGUGCGCUCGGCCUCCAUCCCUCUCCAACCGAGCUAAUGGGGGCCGAAGUCACUGAACUGGGCGGUAGACCGCUCGAGAUCAUCUCUGGUGCGUGGCUAAUGGAUGAUGAAGGGCUCAUCGUCCCUGUGUUCCGUUGUGGCCGCGCGGAAGCUGCAGAAGACCCAGUGAGCCCACUGGUGCCAAUGGAACUAGAUAUCGCUGGACGUGGUGCCCAUGCUGGCGCCGAGGGGCUGAGGGAUGGUGAAGUUCCUGAAGGAGCAAAAGAUUCCAACACUGAUGGCGGAUAA